CCAACAGAAGUGGGCCCGGCAAGCGCCGCUCUGUACCGUGUCGCUAUGUUAUAAAAACUUGAUCCUCCCAGCCCAUCCCUUGCCUCUCGCCCUUCCGCACAGCGAUCCGACGACUGGGUCCUCCUUCUCCUUGUCCACCCGCAACCAUGGCCACGGAGAAUACCCAGAAGAGGAUCACCGUCGAACAGACACCUUUCCUCAUCCCUGACCUCACCGUCAAGGACCUGCUGUCCGCCAUUCCGGCGCACUGCUACAAGAGGUCCGCGGUCAGGUCGAUGAGUUAUGUGGUCUACGACUUCGUCCUCAUCUACUGCAUCUACAAAGUCACCGUCUUUGCGGAUGCGUGGAUAACUCCCGAGCACAUCUCUCUCCCAAAUCCGUUCCUCUACACCUUGGCCCGGUUCUCCCUUUGGGCACUCUACAGUCUAGCGAACGGACUUGUAGGCACCGGUAUCUGGGUCCUCGCGCACGAGUGCGGUCACCAGGCGUUUUCCGAGUCCAAGACCCUCAACAACACCGUCGGCUGGUUCCUUCACUCUGCCGUUGGUGUCCCCUACCACUCAUGGCGUAUCUCACACGCGAAGCACCAUGCCUCGACCGGACACAUGACGCAAGACCAGGUUUAUGUGCCUAAAACGCGUUCGCAGAUUGGCCUGCCUGCUCUCGAUCAGGAGCGAGAGGAUAUCUAUGGCUCGUCCGUGACUGAGGAAGUCAAGCAGGAGCUCUGGGAAGCCGUUGGCGACUCUCCUAUUGGUGCAUCUCUUGGUGUGGCUACCUACUUGCUAGGUGGAUGGUGGAUGUACAUCCUGCUCAAUGCAUCUGGCCAGAAGAGGUAUCCCAAGGGAACCAAUCACUUGGACCCCUCGGCUACGAUGUUUGCUCCUCACCACCGUGACCAGAUCCUUAUCUCCGACGUGGGUAUUGCGCUCUGGUUCGGUGCCGUGUGCUGGGCUAUCUACGCCUAUGGCUUCGUGGAGGUCUUCCGUGUUUAUCUUGUGCCUUACCUCUGGGUGAACCACUGGCUGGUGCUCAUCACCUUCCUGCAGCACACCGAUCCCAUCCUCCCUCAUUACCGCGCUCCCGAGUUCACCUUCCCCCGUGGCGCCCUCACGACGCUCGACCGUGACCUUCUCGGCGAUUGCGGCAGCAUCAUGAGCUGGCUCGGCGCGCAUCUCACGCACGGUAUCUCGGAGACCCACGUCGCACACCACGUCGCGUCCAAGAUCCCGCAUUACAAUGCGUGGGAGGCGUCGGACGCGCUCCGCAAGCGGCUCGCGCAAGCUGGCCUCGUGCCCCUCAAGGGCCGUCCUGGCGGCUGGUCGGAGAUGUACCGCGUAUACGACGAGGGCGACAUCGUCUUUUACAAGGAUGCGCGCGGCCUUGCACAGGCCCGCCCGGUGUUCACCGACAACAAUGUCAGCGACUCUGGUAUCGAGCUCGAGAAGGACGCGUAGAGUUCCUGCUCCUCGCGUGUUUUUCCGCUCGUCGCCGCCGUUGUCUGUCGUCGUCUCACACUGUCGUCGAUUUGUAGUAUAACCUGUUCUUGUGCUCUCGCAUGCGGUGGCGCCGCGGAGUAGAGGAGGGAGCGGAGAGUAAUUGUCUAAAAGAUAGGUGCCCGCUAGUGCAGGUACUGCUUGAAUAGAUCCUAGAGGACUUAGUCAUAGAUCAGUUGUCAAUGAGACGAGAAGUUCAAUCCGCUC